AUGCGUCAACUCACUGAACAAGAGACGAAAACACUUUUCGAGAAACUUGCCAACUAUACUGGUCGCUCGUUGAACAACCUCAUCACUACAUCCGAUGACCCCAAUGACCGAUAUGUAUUCCGUCUCCAUGGAAAUCGUGUCUAUUAUAUGAGACUGUCCUUGGCCAAUCUUUCGACGGCCAUUCCUCGCGCAAAUCUUCUCUCACUUGGUACCUGCAUCGGAAAGUUUACUAAGAGUGGCCAGUUCAGGCUGCACAUCACCGCCCUGGAUGUGAUUGCCCCCCACGCGAGAUACAAGGUCUGGAUCAAACAGAACGGAGAGAUGCCCUUCUUGUACGGUGGAAAUGUGGUAAAGGCGCACGUCAAUCGGUGGUCAGACGAUUGUCCAGAACACGCAGGUGUUGUUGUCUUCAACUCGAAUGAUACUCCUUUGGGCUUUGGAGUUACCGCCCGGUCUAGUGCUGAAGCGAGGAAAUUGGAACCAACAGCCAUUACCGUUUUCCGCCAGGGAGAUAUAGGAGAAUAUCUGAGAGAGGAAGAUACCCUCUUUACGACGUAAAGGAAAAUCGUUGCAUAGGCGGGAUCGUUCAUGGAAUUUGGAUGCUAGAUACCUGGGGAUUCUCGCAGGAGUUCUGGAGUCAUCUGUCUGUUUCAAUAGAAAAGUUUUUACCUUUGUUCUUCAGCAUACUGUAUCCGUAAUCAUAUGCGAUUACAACAGCUCGUUUCCACCUUGCCUAAACCUAGUUAUAUCCCUUC